AUGGUCAAUAUCCCCAAGACACGCAAGACCUACUGCAAGGGCAAGGACUGCCGCAAGCACACACAGCACAAGGUCACCCAGUACAAGAAGGGAAAGGACUCCCUCUUCGCUCAGGGAAAAAGACGUUACGACCGUAAGCAGUCCGGUUACGGUGGUCAGACCAAGCCUGUCUUCCACAAGAAGGCAAAGACCACCAAGAAGGUCGUGCUCAGGCUCGAGUGUGUCUCGUGCAAGUACAAGAUGCAAAUCUCCCUCAAGCGUUGCAAGCACUUUGAGCUCGGUGGUGACAAGAAGACAAAGGGACAAGCUCUUACUUUCUAA